UAGGCACAGCAAUGCGUACCAAGGACACAACGAGUGGAGAAUAAUACUUCAUUCAAGUGUCCACAUGGGAUGGGUCAUGUAGUAACUUCUGAAACCGUAGAAUAAGUGAUUUUCUCCUGGUUUCAUUUGGAGCAGCAAGGAUAUUUUUUUAUGGAAGAGUCCACUAAGGCAGUUCCCGGGCGGAUAUUUUCCCUGUCUGAACGCUUACCCACAUCCGUAUUUUCGCCCCGUCGGUAUGGAAUAGCUUGCUAAAAUAAUGAUCCUUUGAUAUUUAAACAGUGAACCGAAGCCUACCUUUUGUCUUCCAAUUUCCCCUACUCGAUAUGGAGGACUCUAAUGCAACGAGGAAGACUUUCGUGGUCCCGGACAUUAAACCUUUGGAUUUGUAUGACAGUACAAGGGGGAAAAUAUGCGCAAGUGUCGGAUGGCUCCUAGCAAAAUCGUACGGCAAUGCAGAGAAAGUUCCGGUGGAGCUGCGGGAGCCCUUCUACUGCGACCAGUACGAACAGGAGCACCUCAAGCCCCCCGUCACACGCCUCCUGCUGUCCUCGGAGCUCUACUGCCGCACCUACACUCUGCUGGUGGGGGGCUCGGCGCCGGAGGGGCCCCCCCCAACGGACAACGCCGCCCUCCUGCGGCUCCUCGCCGACAGAGGACUGCCCCCGACGGACCUGGACGCGCCGGUGGGCGACGCAGACCUGCGGCGCAAGCCCAUCAAAAUGAGUGCCCACCUGGCCUUGAUGGACGCCCUCAUGGCGGUGGGUGCCAUGGAGACGGUGGCAGCGGCGAAGACACGCGGUGCCGCGGGGCUGCUCGGCGGAGGGACCAGCUGGCGGGAGCCGCUCCUUCACUGGGUUAACGAGUUAAACCAAAAGCUGAGACAGAUGGAAGAAGGGACCCAAGACGAUCCGACCCAAACGAACCCAGAGCCCGAGUCUGUGCAGCCCUCGCUGCGGUAUAGGAAGGAUAAGACACAGUCCAGACAGAAACCCAUUUUCCCGAUAGUGAAUGAGGUCAAAGACCUGUCUACUGGUUGUGCUGUUGUGGCUGUAAUGCACUACUACUGCCCUGAUCUGUUACGACUUGAAGAUGUUUGUAUGAAGGAUGCCAUGUCUGCAGCGGACAGCCUGUCCAACCUGCAUUUCAUCCGUGAGUUCUGCGAAAGUUGUUUAAAAAGCUGCUGUUCCUUGGCACUGGAAGAUAUGCUUUACGCACCACCAGAGCUUCAGAGCAACUGGCUGAGCUUUCUCGCUGAGCUGCUGAACUGGUUUGAAGUACGAAGGCCAGAGUUCGUCCAACCCAGAGACUCGUCAGAUGGCUCCAGACCAGCAGUGCCAACCAGCUCCAGUAAGAGUGGCUCACCUUCAAUCUUUAGGAGGCCCUUCGUUCCCAUCUCGUCCCACUUGUCCCAGUCAGAAAAUGCAGGAAAGACAAAGAUCAGGAAACCCCUCAGCCGCCCCCUGUCAGCCGUGUCUUUCAGCAUCCCCUUCGGCCUGGACAGCGACGUGGACGUGGUGAUGGGCGACCCCCUCAUCACGCGCUCCGUCAGCUCUGACCAGCUCACCCCGGGGGGCCCAGCCAAGGCCAGGGCGCCCUUCGCCCCCCCCGGGGACCUCGCCCACCUGCUGCCCCGAGCCAACGGACCCCAGAGGGCCUCGUGGGUCACCCAGAACCCCAAUGCCCCGCGGCUGGCUGAGAACGGCCACCAACGGGAGAGCGAGGCGGGGGAGCUGCCCACCAUCGAGGAGGCCCUGCAGAUCAUCCACAACGAGAGCAAGAUGGAGCCCCGGCACCACCCGGACGGGGCCCCCGACGGCUUCUACCUCCACUCCCCCGACGACCAGGCCGGGGGCCGGCACGCCGGCGGGCCCCUGCCCGGUCCCGUGAGCUGCUCGGCACCCUCGCGCUCGGGGACGAUGUACCGGCCCCCGGCGGAACCCCGGGAGCCCGGGCGCACCCGGAACCCCUCGGAGGGCUCCCGGGACGACGACUCGGUCCUGAGGGACGGCAGCGUGGACUCGGACGCCUCGGAGGACCCGCCCAAGACCCCUGCCGCCCCCGCCACGCCCACCUGGCGCCCCCACGGCAAGGAGGCGUCGGACAGCGGCGUGAAGAUGACCAGCUUCGCCGAGCGCAAGAAGAGGCACGGCCCGGAGUCGCCCAAGGCCGGCGAGCCCCCCGCCGGUGCCCCGGGCGGGGGGGGCGAUGACGCGGCGGCCCGCGCCGUCGAGGAGGGCCCGGGCAAGAGCCCGAAGCUCACCAACGAGAUGUCGGAGCUGGGGGUGCGGCUGGAGGAGAAGCGCAAGGCCAUCGAGGCCCAGAAGAAACGCAUCGAGGCCAUCUUCGCCAAGCACCGGCAGCGGCUGGGCAAGAGCGCCUUCCUGCAGCUGAAGAAGGAGCAGGGCGAGGGCGAGGGCGGCGCGGAGAACGGCCAGGGCCCCCCCGCCGCCGCCGAUGCCGACGGAGACCUGACGCUGGAGGAGAGGCUGGCUCGCAUGGAGCAGGAGGAGAAGGGGCACGACGAGCGGCGCCCCUCGAAGGACGAGGGUGGCUCCGGCGGCGGCGGCGACAGAGCGGGGGCUCAGGCCGACAAAAAGGCGGCUCCCUCGGGCGAGAAGGCCACGGCGCCGCUGGGCGACUACAACAACGCCGUGUCCAAGCUGACCAUGGCGCUGAGCUCCCUGCAGAGCGACAUGCAGCGCCUCUCGGACCAGCAGAGCCAGCUGAUCCGGAAGAAGCCGGCGGCGCCCGGCGCCCGGUCCUGGGUCAUCCCGCCCGGCCCCAAGCCCCCCACGCCGGGGCGCUCGUCCCGCGAGCCCUCCCGGGACCUCAACUCGGCCUCCUCCUCCCCCUCGCCGUCACCCUCGCGCCGUGCCCCGGGCCAAACGCCGCCGCCGCCCAAGUCGCCGUACGCUCACCGCCGCGCCCAGUCGGCGCCGCCGAAGAGCCCAAAGCACCAGGGCCCCGGGGUGUCCCGGGUGCUCACGGCGCCGCGCAACGUGGACCGCAUCCCCCACCUGCGCCGGGUGGACCCCUGGCAGUGCAAGGUGCAGACCUCCUCGUCCUUCACCAUCGGCUCGGACGACCGGCCGGCCGACCUGUACCCCUCCCCCGACCCCACGCCGGCCCACACCCCCGACCCCACGCCGGCGCCCACGCCCACGCCGCCGCGCCUCCCGGCCGAGGACGCGCUGUCGGAGGCGGGCUCCAACGACAACCAAAGCAUCUUCAGCAUGGAGCUGGACACCCCCCGGAAGGAGCGGCCGGCCGUGGGGGGCAGCAGCUCCGGGGCCCCCUCGGAGUGCUCGUUCGAGAGCGACGCCGUGUUCAACGGCGACAAGCGCGGCGGCGGCGGCGGCGGCCUGGUGGAGGUCUCCCUGCUGGCCGCCCGGGGGGGCGGGGGGGAAGGGGGGGAGGACGACGAGGAGCAGGGCCCCGACCCCUUCUCGGACUCUGUGAGCGACGUGACCGAGCCCGAGCUGAGGAGCGGCCUGGGCUUCUUCUUUAAGGACGACAAGGAGCGCCCAGAGGAUGAGAUGGCCCAGCGCAGGGCGGCGCUGCUGGAGAAGCAGCAGAAGAGGGCGGAUGAUAUGAAGAAACGCAAGCUGGAGCUGGAAAAGGAGAAAGAAGCCAACAGGCCGCAGUGGAUGACCAUCGAGGGCUGGGGGGACAAGGGGGACUCGCGGCCUUCAACCCCAGGCACCCCCACGGGGUCGAGCACCCCCACCGCCGAGGGGACGCCCCAGCGCAGGGGGGACUUCACCCGGCUGGAGUACGAGCGGAGACACCAGCUGAAGGUCAUGGAGGACCUGGGCAAGGUCCUGAGGCAGAAGCCCACCACCGUCCGCGGCGUGAAGAACCGGCCCAAGACCGUCUUCCGAGACGACUCGGGCCUGUCCCGCAGCCCCGCCAAGGGUUUUGACACCAGGUUGAACAAGCAGUACUCUCACUCCACCAUGAACCUGUCUUCAGUGGCCAACGACCUGAGCGUCAGGAAGUCUCCCAGCCGCUCCCACUCGCCUGCCAGGCGAAGCUCCCCGGGGAGGGUGAGCUCCCAGAACGGGGACAGGGACUGGGAGAACGGCUCCACCAUCUCCUCCCCGGCCUCUAUACCGGAGUACACCGGGCCCAAGCUGUACAAGGAGCCAAGCUUCAAGUCAAAUAAGUUCAUCAUCCACAACGCUAUCUCUCGCUGCUGCCUCGCCGGCAAGGUCAACGAACCGCAAAAAAACAAGAUUGUAGAGGAAAUGGAAAAGAGCCCGGCCAACCACUUCCUCAUCCUGUUCCGGGACGCCAGCUGCCAGUUCCGGGCGGUGUACACCAUGAACCCGGAGACGGAGGAGAUGGUGCGUCUGACCGGCGUCGGGCCCCGAGUCAUCGGCCCCGACAUGGUGGAGUCCAUCUUCAAGUACAGCUCGGACCGCAAGCAGUUCACCGCCAUCCCGUCCAAAACCAUGUCCAUGAGCGUGGACGCCUUCACCAUCCCUGCGCAACUCUGGCAGAAACGCCCCGGAACGCCCAAGAAGCUAGGCACUCCCAAAUAGCCUGUCUCCCCCCCCCCCCCCCUGACCUCACCUCACCUGACAUGAAAGGCAAGCAACAGAAGGACACGCUCUCCUCACAGUGGAGUUCUCCCACCUCCCUCGCCUCCUCUCUUUUAAAAGCCCCCCCCUUCUUCCUCACAGGUACAGCAUGAGGGUUGUGGAGUUGAGGGCUUGCUGCUAGGCAACGGUUUGGA